GGGACGGAAGGAAAACGAGUGGACUCGCUAGUUUCGCUGGAGAUGACCGAAUUGCAGCGGCUUCGCGGUGCUUCGGGAACGUUCUGGCAAAGGACAAUCUGGGGUCGGACGGUUGUCGCGGUGACGUCGGCCGUGGUGUGAGCAACAGCAACAGCCAGGAGCGCCCCGGUCGCGCCGGCCAAUCAGCGGGCAGCAGCCAAAAUGCGGUCCACGGGCGCAACUGUUGCAUCGAAUUUCCUCGAACAUACGACAAACACUCAGAAACAAAGCUCGCUACUUCACCGCCGUCGCCCUACCGUUGCCGCAAACGCACCGCCGGCCCCCAAACCACCUGCACGACCUCACAACACCGCCCGUUGGCCGCAACAUGGCCCCCCAGACGUUGCACGGCUCUUGCGCCUGCGGGCGCAACCGCUAUGUCGUCGAAAUCCCCCAGCAGCAGACGCAGCUGGCGGAGCUUCGAUACGACAACACGUCAGCUUCAAGACACCACUCGGCCAGCCCACUCACUCUCUGGCUCCGCGUGCCUCUCCAUUGGUACACCAGCGCCACCUUCGCACAGUUCCCCGACGAAGAACGAUCGAGCAUCCAGCGUACCUUUGUCUCACCCUUCGCCUCCCACUCGCGCCGCCAGUUCUGCGGAUACUGCGGCACCCAACUCACAUCAUGGCACGAGCAGACCAGGGAGGACGCCGAGCACAUUUGUCUCACCGUCGGCAGCUUGCUGGACGAAGACCAGGAGCUGCUUGGUGAGCUUGGAUACCUGCCUGGCGGAGAGAGCAGCGACGAAGACACGGUCGUACCGGGACCCUCGAGAUCAACCCAAGCUGUGACUCGAUCCGAUCAGCAGCUGCGCGGCGCACCGUGGUUCGAGGAGAUUGUCAAGAACACGGCACUGGGACACUUCAAGCAGCAGCGAGGCGGGCACACGUCGCGCGACGGCAGCGUCAAGGUCGAGUGGGAGGUCGUCGAGUGGACCGAGGGAGACGAUGCAGACGACGAGGGCGGUGUCACACCCAGCAAGAGAAAGAUCGGCCAGGUCGAGGAGACCGACACCGAGAUGCGAAGCGCCUAAGUUUCGCGUGCUUGAUGUGUACGUUGGGUUGCUAGAUUAGGGUGCUCACGCGUUAGGGACAAGGAAAAGGGUAAUGGAUAGGGAUGGAUAGGAGCGGCGCAUCAUGUUACGGCGCACAACAUCUGGCUUCUUACGGACUGAAAAAAUGCUGUGAAAACAGCUGUAUAGUCGGUCAGGCCAGUCUUUUAGCACAUUGGUAUGGCGUUGAUUCAGGCCAGCCUUUUAGGCAAUCUCACAAUUCAAGAAUCACGCAUGUUGAAGGCGAUGGACAAGUUAUACAGUACAAAUUGACUCCCGUCAAGUACG